AUGCUGUGUUACAAUGUUCAUCCUUUUGAGGACUCUGCUAAGCUCAGGAUCAUCAAUGCGAACUACACAAUCCCUGAAUCGGAUACAACAUACACUGUCUUCCAUGACCUUCUCAAAUCUAUGCUCAUGGUCAACCCAGAUGACCGGCCGGAUAUUAAUGCAGUAGUGGACCAGUUACAGCAGAUUGCGGCAGCCAGAAAUGUCAACCUCAAGGGCAAGCUUCAAGCUUGCCAGUGAAAUGGAUCUUAACGUCAUGGAAGAUAAUGAAGUACAUAUGCAACAUGAACGCGGUGGGCCACCCCAACCCAGCAGUGUUCCAGACUCGAGUGGCUCCGGUCAGCAGUCAACUGCUAACAUGCUCUUCAGCUCCAUCCGAGGUGGGGCAGGAAACCUGAUGAAAAACAUCAAAGAUGCUUCAUCUAAAGUCAUGGAAACUGUAUCAGCAACAAUGAACAAAUCUGACUUGGACGUUAGUAGUAUAACUUCUAGAAUAUUAGUGAUGUCGUUUCCAGCAGAAGGUGUAGAAUCAGCUUUUAAGAACCAUAUAGAUGAUGUGAAGAGUUACCUGGAAUACAAGUACAGAAAUGGCUAUGCCAUCUACAACUUAUCUCAACGAACAUAUAGAGUUGCAAAGUUUGAAAAUAGGGUGUCAGAAUGUGGCUGGGUAGCCAGGAAGGCUCCCACUCUAGCCAGUUUGUUUGCCAUUUGUAAAAAUAUGCAUCUAUGGCUGCGGCAAAAUCCAAAGAAUGUUUGUGUUCUCCACUGCCUGGAUGGCAAAGCAUCUUCAGCCACAGUAGUUGGAGCUUUCCUUGUGUUCACACGAUUGUUUGAGUCCAGUCAGCAGGCCAUGCACAUGUUUUCCUCACGACGAUCUGCUCCAGGAGCCUCACCAGCACAGCGGAGGUACAUCGAGUAUAUAGCUGAGAUUGUCGGUGACCCACCCACUCUACCACACAACAAAGCUGUAAUGUUCAAGACCUUGUCAAUGUCACCAGUACCGCUGUUUAGUAAAAUGAGAAAUGGUUGUCGACCGUUUGUGGAGAUCUAUGUUGGAGAAGAUCGGAUCUUGACAACAUCUCAAGAAUACGAAAAGAUGCGAGGGUUUGUGAUUGAGGAUGGCAGGGCCACCAUUCCUCUCAAUAUCUCAGCAGUGGGUGAUGUCACCAUUGUGGCCUACCAUGCAAGAUCAACCUUUGGAGGCAAAGUUCAGGGCAAGAUCACAUCGAUGAAAAUUUUUCAAAUACAGCUUCAUACAGGAAUGGUAAAACCAGGAACUACAAGCCUCAAGUUCACACAAUUUGAUCUAGAUCAGCUGGACUCUGCAGAUAAAUACCCAGAGAUGUUUUGUGUGAUGAUGGAUGUUGCUGUGGCAACCAACGAGAGACCACGGACAGAUCCUAGUUAUCCAUGGGAAAAGUUUGACUCCUCGAAACUUAGUCCAAAAAUCUUAUUUUCAUCAAAGGAGGAACUGCAUCAGACAUGCUCAGAUUUUGGUGUAUCAAAUCGUGCUAAAAUGCGCCUGACACGAUCAUCAAGCCAGAGUUCCUCCAGUGAGACAGACAGUCCUGUUCAUGUGUCACGGACACAAGACAGACAGCCAGUACAGGAGGACAAGCUGACAGAGGCCAAGGAAAAACCAGCUCCAAUGUCGGGCAAAAACUUUUUCGCUUCACUAAACUGGCAGGGUGAUUCUAGUGAGCAGGCUCCUGAAAAUGAUGCAAAGCCCAAAAGUUUGUUUGACAUGGAAUCUGAACAGAACCUUCUUGAUGGUGAAAGUGAGGACGACGAUGACUUUGCUUCGCUGUCACAUGACAGGAAGUCGCAUGAGAGGAAUAUAGGCACACCUGAUAGACAAAAACCACAACAAAAUGGAAACACGGUACAUGCAGAUUUGUUGAAUAUCAACAGUUCGCCUGCACAUGUAGAACGUGAUAUUGAUUUACUUAACAUAAAUGAUCCCAGUAAUUUAGACUUACUUGCGGGUAGUGAUACUGAGGGGUCAUCGUUUGAACACUUUAACAAAGCAGGAACAGUAGAUACUAGUGACACAUUUGACCCAUUCCAGAAUCUAGGUUCAUCACAACCUCCAGAGAACAGUAGCAAAGCCGAGGGCACAACAGACACAUUUGAUCCGUUCGCUGAUUUAUCAUCAACAACUUCAAGUCAGAACCAGUCUGGUAAUACCUUUGACCCAUUCAAACAAUUCACUUCAUCUCAAAGUAAGAAAGAGGAAAGUAAACCACAGUCUUCAACGAAUCAAAAUGGAGGAUUUGCCGAGUUUGAUUUGUUGGGAAACACAGACACUGGUAGUAGUAGCAACACAUUUGAUCCAUUUAGUCAAGUACAAUCGGAAUCAACCACCAAACAUAAAGAAAAGGAUGAAUUCUUAGAGUUUAUGGAAAGUAAAACAGACUCUGGGAAUGACGAUGAGCCAAACUUGAUGGGUAACUGGUCAACCCCCAUCAUCAACAUUCCAGGGGGCACCACCUCUAAUUCUUCUGUAAAUCUCACAAAGAGUAACUCGGCAUCAAAUUUCCAACAACAAUACACCGGAACAAAUAUUCCACGUAACAACAGUGGUACAUUCAUGGGUGGACAGUCUGCAAUGGGUGGAAUGGGACAAUCGGCAAUGGGAGGAGGAAGACCGGGAUCUGGUAGCACCGGUAACCUGGGUCCACAACAGAAAGCAGAUCCAUUUGCAGACUUUGGGAGUUUUGGGAGUAAGGCUAAGGGUCCAACCCUGACAGGCGCCAAGCCUGCAGGAAUCCCUCAGUCCUCCCAGUCGCAGCGACCAGCCUUCAGUAGUGGGGGAGGAUGGCAGCAGCAGCAGCAGCAACCUCGUAGUUCUCCCCAGGGAUCACCCAAACCACAGCGGCCCGCUGCUGCACCAACCCAACCAACCAAACCCAACUAUAAUGUGGGCUACACUAGUGUGCUGGGCAGCCGGGAGGAGAGGGGAACGAGGAAACCAUUUUUAGGUACCAAACCCAAGUUAGGAGCUGACACAUUUGGGGACCUGCUCGGAGAUCACAAGUUCACUAGCGGCAAGACGGAUGAGCCAAAGUCUCUAGCAGGCAUGAAGAGAAAAGAGUUGGAGGAGGAGAUGGACCCAGACAAACUGCGGAUCAUGGACUGGAUCCAAGGGAAGGAACGAAAUAUCCGUGCGCUACUGUGUUCACUUGAGAAGGUUCUUUGGGAGGAAGAAACACGUUGGAAGGGCGUCAGUAUGUCUGAACUCGUCACUGCAGACCAGGUGAAGAAGGUUUACAAGAAGGCUGUGCUGUGUGUCCACCCAGACAAGCUGGCAGGAACACCAUAUGAAGAUGUAGCCAAACUGAUUUUUAUGGAAUUAAACGAUGCAUGGGCACAGUUUGAGGAUGAAGGCAUGAAAGCACUUUACUAAAUUCCACAAACUCUUUUGGUUCAUGAACGGUCAUUUCCAGCAUGCAUAGCACCGUAGUGAGACAGAUUUCUCUGUUGUGUUGUGAUAGGAAGUACUCAUUUUUUUUAUAUGGUAGACAUCUUUGUAUGUUUUAACACCUUAAAGAAAGAGCUAGUUUACCUGUUGAGAGGUGACUUGUAUGUAUGCAAAUUACCUUAUUCUAGCAGAGAGUACCUGUGAUAAAACAUCAUUUUCAUGCAGUUGAGUUUUGGACUAUCAGAGGUCAUUAAAGCUAAAAAUAUACAAUGUAGCUGCUUAAAGGUUAUUUCCUUUUUCUUCAAAAAACAUCUGAAUUUCAAAUUUUCUGUUAAUAACCAAACCCCAAUAUAUGUAAUAUUCACCAAGAGAAUUAAAAGGAAAUGGCAUAUGAUAUAGAUAAAUUAUCUGAGGAAUUUUCACGAAAGCAUUUAAAAAAAAAUUCUCAAGAGAAAGGUGUAGUACAUCAGUGUAUACUCAUGUUUUGGCCUUAAUUUUACAUAUUAUCAGGGAACUUUCCUUAGAAAAUUAAUUGGUAAUAGGAAUACAUGUAUAUCAGUAACACAUUGUAUAUAUUGGGGCUAACAGAGAAAAAAAUUAAGAAAAUAAAAUUUUGAUUAUUUAAUGUAAAAAAAUAAUUUGAGUUUAAAUGUUAAAUUUGUUUCAGUAAUUAAUGAUAACUUUAUUGAUCCAGAUGAUCUGUAAAUGCAUUAACUUUAUUGAUCCAGAUGAUCUGUAAAUGCAUUAACUUUAUUGAUCCAGAUGAUCUGUAACUGCAUUAUUCUUUUUAUUCUCGACAGAAGUUAGUGGUAGAAUUGUGAUAUCAGACCCCUUUUUUUUAAUUGUUUUUCUCCCAUUGACUGAACACCAAUCUUCAGUAAUUGGUUGGUUAAUGAGUAUUGUUAGAGGUCACUUCUAAAGUUCUAACAUAACUGAAACAAACUACCGCUGCCAUUCAUAAUGAUUUAUAAAUAUAUUCAUUGGUUUUGAUGUUUUAGAUGACUAAACUGUAUGUAAUAUCAUUUAUUAAUUAUUCCCAUUGCCAUAGAAAUCAUUCUAAAUAUUCAUCUGCUUAAUGUAUUGUUAUUUUACCAAAAAUAUUAUUUCUGGAUGCAUGUCAUUGUUUGUUGAGAUUGUUGAACUUCAUAUUAUGUUUAUUAUUUUAUCCAAAAAGAAAUGGAGAUUGAAAUUUGUAUAGGAAAGAAGAACACUUCAAUAUUAACAAACGUAUGUUAUGAUAAUGAUUCCUUGUAUAGUUAUGCUUUAUAUAAAUCUGUUCGUCUCUGAUAUUUUCAUUUUGAUAAACAUUUAUGUUGUUGUUAUUCACAUCUCCAUCAUGCCAUAUAUUUAUUUCCAAAGACCUUGUAUCUCUCAAAUCUAUUGUUAUACUUAAUAUUGUUUUAAGUAUUUGUUGAUUUUUCCCCGUUUUCAAAUUCAUUUAUUGUACCAAGAUAUUGCUUGAAAAGUGUUAAUUUUUCUUGUAAACAAAUAAACUGAUGAUGGACCAAACCGAUUUCAACAGAAAUUGUGGCUAUUUUGAAAUGUCUGUUGGGACUCUGUUGACAUGCCAGGCUAUAGCCUACAUGUAUUUUAUGAUUUGCAAAAAACAUGUUAAGUACCGGUACUUACAUUGAGAUACGAUAGCUGGCAUAGAGGAUAGAUUUUUUUUUGGAGUUGAUGAAAAUAUCUGGAAAAUUCUAGACAUAGUUGUAUAGGACUUUAUUCAUAUCUGUUAGUAUUUGAGAUGUCAGCUUAAAGACCAUAUUGUUGUCUUGUUAAACAAAAUGUCAAGGUCAGUGUUGUUAAUGUGUUAACUUACUUUACUCUGUUAAAGUCUCUGUCACUCACAUGCCUGUUGUUAUGGUUAAAUCCUUUGUAUUGGGAUUUUUUUUUAUUACAAGAACGAGUUUGAAACCUGUUUGUGAUCCACAUUAAAGAAGAGUGAUAUUUCAAGUUUGUAAAUUAUUGUAUAAAGUAUAAUGAAUGUA